AAAAAAAAAAAAGGCAGUGAGAUAACGUUUUCCCCCAAAUUCUCAACCAACCUCAAUCGUCUUAGGUUAUCAAAUUCCGAUUCAUGGAGCUUACCAUUUUCAAAUUCUCAUAGAAUCCGGUAAAUUUUCUCUCGUUAAGCGACGGCGAUCAUGAGCUCCGCCGGUGUGGAGCAGCUGAAUCCGGAUUCCGUAUCAACAACGGUCAUGGAGACGGUGAACGGGUCGCACCUGUUUACGAUUAAGGGUUACUCUCUGGCGAAAGGCAUGAGCGCCGGAAAAUACAUUCAGAGCGACGUCUUCUCCGUCGGCGGAUACGAUUGGGCGAUCUACUUCUACCCGGACGGGAAAAACCCAGAAGACAACCCAACGUACGUCUCUCUCUUCAUCGCUCUUGCGAGUGAUUCUAGUGACAUUAGAGCUUUGUUCGAGCUUACGCUGAUAGAUCAGAGCGGCAAAGGACACCACAAGGUUCACAGUCACUUCGAUCGGGCUCUCGAAGGUGGACCUUAUACGCUCAAGUAUAAAGGCAGCAUGUGGGGUUACAAACGCUUUUUAAGACGAACAGCUUUAGAAACCUCUGACUUCUUGAAGGAUGAUUGUCUUAUCGUGAGUUGUACUGUUGGAGUUGUUAAAGCCCGUGUUGAGGGUCCGAAACACUAUGGCAUUGUGCUACCUCCGUCGAAUAUGGGUCAGGGAUUGAAAGACUUGUUAGAUUCUGAAGUUGGUUGUGACAUAGCUUUCCAAGUCGGAGAUGAGACAUACAAGGCUCACAAACUGAUCCUCGCAGCACGCUCACCGGUUUUUAGAGCUCAGUUCUAUGGACCAAUUGGGAAUAACAAUGUGGAUAGAAUAGUGAUAGAAGACGUCGAGCCUUCUAUCUUUAAGGCUAUGCUUAGCUUCAUCUACACCGAUGUACUUCCUGAUGUGCAUGAAAUUACAGGGUCAACUUCUGCCAGUUCAUUCACAAACAUGAUACAACAUCUCUUGGCAAUUGCUGACCUCUAUGACCUUGGAAGGUUAAAGAUAUUAUGUGAAGUUUUUCUGUGUGAAAAACUUAAUGUUGAUAAUGUGGCAACAACACUUGCACUGGCUGAACAACACCAAUUCUUACAGCUCAGAGCUUUCUGCUUAAAAUUUGUUGCAUCUCCAUCAAACUUGAGAGGCGUAAUGAAGUCUGAAGGGUUCAAGCACUUGAACGAGAGCUGUCCUUCUUUGUUGUCUGAGUUACUGAACACGGUUGCAGCAGCGGAUAAGAGCUUGACGAGUGGACAAUCAAACAAGAAAAGAAGUGUGAACAGUGUGUUAGGCUGUGAUACAAAUGCGAGGCAAGUGAGGAGGAGGACAUAGGGUCGAUCCAAAUGCAAUGAAGCUUUCCUCUGGUGCUACUUUACGGAUCUGGAAGCAAAGCAUAUACCAAAAAUGUUUAGGUAGACUUUAAUUUUUAAUGAAUAAUCGUAGUAUGUCAACAGUAGUGUAAGCUUUAGGCAAUAGACAUCCUCUCUACUAUUCAGUAAGUACCCUCUUUGUCUGUGAUUUCUCUUCAUUUUUGGACUUGGGCUUGUGUGGUUAUAAAAGCUUUGAAUUA